GCCGGGGGCGCUGCAGACACGGUGAGCGCGUUCUCGACACCGUCAGCCAUCUGCCGCAGUCGGUUAGCUAGAUCCAGCGGGAAUGGAAAAUGGAGGACUGACCGAAGAGCGAGGGCAUAUCAUCGGUAUUUCUAGCGUGUAGAUCCUUUCACCUUGUACCACGACCGAUGAUUACUGGUGCAAGGCCUUUGUUUUGUUUGAAAGACAACUCUGUUACUCAUCACUGCUGAACCACAGACUAUCUGUUUGAAAGUAGUGAUUGACUCCAUCAUCUAUGGAGGAGAAUGCAAGCCCUGAGCUCUCUCUAGCUCCUGAGCCAGAGCAGAGCCAGGACCCUAUGGAUACCUGCGCUCAAGGGUUUGGAGAAGGGAAUAGAGAGCAGAUUCCAACAGAGAGCGAGAAUGUGGCCACAGAGACAGUAGAAGAGCCAGAUAAUAAAUCCUCCAAGGCCAACAGGGAAGUAAAGAAGACCUGGUGUUUCCGACGGUCCACUGUUGCGAAACGAGAGAUGCCCGUUGAGGCGGCAACCGACAGCCCUGAUACCCGCUGUCCUGUACGUCGCAGUGGGAGGCAGCCGAAGCGCACCGACAAACUAGAGGAAUUCCUCUCGACUGCCAAACGAGGGCAAAGAAGGAGCGCCCCUCCUAGUCUGGAAAGCGGAGAUCCUCCUUCCCAAACCCCAACUGACGCAGAGACUGCCUCGGAGGCCAGCUUUGAUGGUAACGCUGACACCAAGGGGGUAGAGGACAAGGUAGAGUCCCCAGAGAGGAGGACGAGAAGUGGCGCAAGGAAGCAGAUCCAAAGGAAAGGGCGAGGUGGCAGACAGACCCGAGGAGGCGGUGGCGUAGCGGUCAAAAAUGAGGGGAGCUCUGAAAAUGAGGAGGACAGCAGAGACGCAGCUAAGAAAGACCAGUUGACGGAUAAAGAUGAGGAGAAAAAAGAUGAAGAAAGUUCUCCCAGUCCAGAAAAUUUAGGGAGCACUAACGCAGAACAGCCUCAGCCAGAGCAGGACUCUGAGAGGAAAGAGGAAGGUGAGGAGAAGAAUGAACAUGCAGAUGAAAAUGACAAAGGGGAAUCAGAGAACGAGACUGAUGAUGAGUCUGACGAGGAAAGCACAGACAAGGCUGCAGCAGUGUUGGUCAAACGUGGACCAAUAAGAACAUACGUCAAUAAGAAGAGGGCAGCCAAUAAGAGCACGACCCCUGUUAAAGGUCCUGCCAACAAAAUCACCACUCCAGUCAAGAGAGAGACUAAGCCUAAAGCUGCCCAAGCUGCUGGGAUGACACACAAGCCUCAGACACAAGAGGACAAUGAUGAUGAUGAUGAGAAUGACUCCUCAACAUCCUCAUCUUCCUCAUCAUCGUCAUCAUCCAUUGAUUCAGACGAGGGAGGUUACGAUCCCAACGCCCUUUACUGCAUCUGUCGCCAGAAACACAACAAGAGGUUCAUGAUCUGCUGUGACCGCUGCGAGGAGUGGUUCCAUGGAGACUGCGUUGGCAUCACCGAGGCUCGUGGGCGCCUGAUGGAGAGAAAUGGCGAAGACUACAUCUGCCCCAAUUGCACUGCCAAGAAAAACCAGGUGGUGAGACCCGCCACGUCUAUCCUCUCUACAAGCACAGAUAUCGGGAAGCCCAAAGCAGCGACAUCUGCUCUCGCUUUUUAUGCUGGGAUAUCUGCUGAGAGAACUAACACCAGUGGGGUAGCUGUUCAGGCUGUGGGGGCCCCUCCGUCCUCCACUACUGGAACUGAAGAGAAGGCAGCAGAGGACCUGGGCAUCAAAGGCAGGAUCGAGAAAGCUACGAAUCCAACUGGGAAAAAGAAGAUAAAGAUCUUUCAGCCGGCCCUACAGCAGCCAUCCCAGCCGAAAGCAGACCAGAAAUCGGCAGCAACCAUGGAAAAGAAGAAGGCAGCAACCACAGCAGAGCAGAAAGCAUUACCAGACACGGAGGAGAAAGUGGCGUCAAACGUGGAGGUGAAAACAACACCGACAGCUGAGGGGCUAAAGGAGAAGGCUAACGACGACGCUUCCCUCCCCAAAUGUAUCGGGCCCGGCUGUGAGAACAACGCCCAGCCCGACUCUGUCUACUGUGGCAACGACUGUAUCCUGAGGCAUGCUGCUGCAGCCAUGAAGUCCAUCACUGAUGUCAAAGAUCCCAAGCAGAAGGACAAGGCCAAGCCUCAGAAAACCAAGUCCACACCAAAGAAGAGCGCCGCUGGUGGGAGGAAGCGGCAGAAGAAAAUCCAGGAGGAGUCGGAGAGCGAGGAAGACCACAGUGCGGAUCCAGAUGAUGAUGACGAGGAGGACGAGGACGAUGAUGAUGAUGAUGAUUAUGAUGAUGACGAUGAUGACGGCGAAGAUGAGCAUGCUGAGGAACACCCGCCCCCGCCAGCCACUGCGUCCUGGUCCAGCGACCAUAAUUACAUUGCAGUAACACCAGAAAAGACUACACCCAUAUCACCAACAGUGUUAAACAAAAAGUCCCCCCUUAAAGAAGAGAAGCAGAGUGAGAAGGAACAGAAAGAGAAGGAUCCAGCGCCGGCUCCUGAGAAUCCUCCACUAGCAUCCCCGACACCAGUCAAAGGAAACAAGAAGUCCCCGACUACUAAAGCUGCCAAGGUUACCCCGAAGGGCAGGAAGCCUUCCCUUCAGACCACCAGCUCAAAGGUGUCCAAGAAACCUGUGACGCCCCCGAGUAAAACUGCAGCAAAGUCCAAGAAACAAGGGCAGACGGCGGCCCACACUCCUUCUCGCUUCCCUCCUGGUCCGAUCCACGUCACAGGAGCUCUGAGAGUCACCAAGUCCAACUUCACCAUUCCUAAGAAGGCUCCGCAACAAAAGGAGGUUCCAAACCCUAGCAAAUCCUCCUCAUCCUCCAGAGUCCCAUCAUCUCCAGUUUCUACUGCUCCCUCCAGCCACUCCUCGUCCUCUAGACCUCCACAUUCUGCUGCUUCAGCGCCCUCCGCGUCCCCCAUGCCGCCGCCACCCAACAACCAGAUGCGAACGAACAUCCGCCGCUCGCUGACAGACAUCAUCUAUAAGAGGGCGAACGACAGCGAUGAUCUGAAAAAGACUGAGGCUGAGGUGGCAAGGCUGUCGGUCUCCAUUGAGAAGGAAAUGUUCAACCUCUGUCUUAACACUGACAGCAGGUACAAGAACAAGUACAGGUCCCUCAUGUUCAACCUGAAAGAUCCUAAAAACAAAGGCUUGUUCUACAGGGUGGUGGGUGGUGAGGUCAGUCCCUACAGACUGGUGAGACUGAGUGCGGAAGAGUUGCUAUCCAAAGAGAUAUCCGAGUGGAAGAAGCCCGACGCUGCAGAGGCCCACUCUCCCAGUGCAAGGGCCCAUUCAGGGCAUUCCAAACUGGGCAACAGGCAUGACUCCCACAGCAUGGAUUUGGAUGAUGCUCCCCCAACGUCUGAUACAGAUGUAUGUAUCUCUGCCACCGCUUCUUCUUCUCGCAUGGCUUCUGCUGCAGACCAAGAUGAGUCUUGCCCCACUCCCUCAGCUUCGGCUCAGCCCUCUGCUCCGGAGGGGAACAGCGGCAGCGGCAUGCUAGACAUUUUUGGUACCAUGCUCAAAGACACCACUUCUCAACACAGGACUCACCUAUUUGACCUCAACUGUAAAAUAUGCACAGGUCAGAAGACAGAAGAUGAGCCUACUGCUAAGAAAGCCAAACUUACAAAGAAGCCUGAAACUCGGCCUGCCAGACCAGAGCUGCAUUCGUCAAGGUCCGGGGAUGUCUCUCCUGCUGGCCAUGCACAGGUCCCCACAGCUCACCAGCACCAAGAGCCCUUAGCCUACCAGAUCCCUCCAUCGCACCCGCCUAACAUGGAGCCAGCGGUCCCAGAACCGCAGCAGCAGCUGGACCUCAAUAUGAUGGCACCUCCAGCCCAGGCCCCCGCAGCCUUCACCCCCACCGUGUCUUCCGUCAGCAUCACCCGCAGAGACCCACGCAUGGCAAGGCACAGCGCCGCCGUGACUGUCACCUACCCUGCUCAAGAAAAACCCAUCAACAACUCGGCAGAACCACUCCCAGCUCCCGUCAGUGCCCCGGUGGAAGUUGCACCCAAGGCACCACUGCCGAUGCCCCCAGCUCCACCACCUUCAGUAGCUGCUUCCAAAAUGGCAAAAACAAGUUCAUCUGAGCCUCCACUUGAUGGUGAGACAGCGAUCUUCCUCCAUGGUCAAGAGAAGAUUUGGAAAGGAUUAAUCAACAUGCACUCUGUGGCCAAGUUUGUGACCAAGGCUUAUCUGGUGUCAGGAUCCUUUGAGCACCUGAAGGAGGAUUUACCAGACACCAUUCAUGUAGGAGGACGGAUAUCUCCAAGCACAGUGUGGGACUACGUCGGGAAACUCAAAACCUCCCUCUCCAAGGAACUGUGUCUGAUCCGUUUCCAUCCAGCCACAGAGGAAGAGGAGGUGGCAUAUGUCUCUCUGUUCUCUUACUUCAGCAGCAGAAAACGAUUUGGUGUGGUGGCUAACAACAACGGUCGUAUCAAAGAUCUCUAUCUCAUCCCACUGAGCUCAAAGGACCCAUUACCCUCCAAACUCCUACCGUUUGAUGGGCCAGGGCUUGAACCAGCUCGACCCAACCUCCUCUUGGGGCUGCUGAUCUGCCAGAAGGACAGAAAGCGUUCCGGUGCUCCAUUGGAAUCUGAGGAAAAACGGUCUAAGACUCAAACCAAAGAUGCAGAUGACACUGGCCUUCCAAAGCUAUCUCCUUCCGUCAGAACAGAAAGAAGCACACGGCAGAGUCUUGAAAUCCCCAUCAGCACAACUCCUCCAGGGUCACCUCCACCUAACUCCUCUGAGACCUCAAGCAGCAGUGUUGCCACCUCCUCAGUCUUUUCCUUAUUGUCCUCUGUCAAAGCUACAAGCACAUCCACUACCAUCGGCAGGGACUCCCCAUCCAGCUCUGUUGCUUCCUCUGCAGCAGCUGCUACUCCUCUUGAGACCAUCCUCAAAACUCUUUUUGGAAAUAAAAAGCAUGACUCAGAAGCGUCCAACUCUCCAUCUGAUCAGGGUGGUGAGCUCUCUGUCCAGACCACUACAAUGUUAGACCCUAUUGUGCAGCAGUUUGCACAGAUUUCUAAAGUGAAACAAGAGGAGGAGGACGAAGAUGACAGACCGUAUGACCCAGAAGAGGAGUAUGACCCCAGUAGGGGCUACAUUGUGCCUAAGAAGCCUGUUGAGCUAGUAAUCAAACCUGAAAUCUCUAAGCAGUCUGAGAUCGUUACAAAUGAAGGUGAUGAUGUGGCGUAUGACCCAGAGGAUGACUCAAUUUUUGAAGAUGUCAAACCUGUAGUACAAGUUCAAGUUCAGGCUGCAACUGAAACUAUAAGCGAUCCACAAAAGAUCUUGGAGAGCCUUAAACAGAUGGGAGUACAGGCAUUCCAGAAACAGGGAGAACCGCCAACGUCUUCUAUGGGGACACCUGGUGCCUCAUUGACACUUCCAGAAACACUCUUAACUCAAAAUACCACAUCUCUUUUAGCCAAUACUCAGCUCAUGCAGCUUGGCAAAAAGGUUGAGGAACUAGUGAAGUCGUCAUCAGUUGCUCCCUUGAUCAACCAGAAGAGAGAUCCCCGACAGAGCAGGGAUCCUCGCCAGGCUGCGUCCGGCCAGAAACCGACUGAUGAACCUGAGGACCAGGAGGAGACAUCUGCUCAGUUGGUGGAUUCUACUCCUUUCUCACAAGCUGUGGUUCAAGAACCUAAGCUUUCUAAUGUAACUGAACUCCCAGAAUCCUCAAAAGGCCCAGAUACAUCACUGCCUCAUGAGGAGGUGAAAAGUGAGACGCUACCCUUCAUGCAGUCCGAUGAUGAGGAGGUAGCGAUUCCAUUAUUAGGAGAGGAGGUGGGACCUGAUAUGGAGGUCAACUACAUGGAUGACACAGAAGUGAAAACUGAGGAAGCUGAGCCAAUCAAGACUGAAACCGAGAUGGACAAGUAUAGUAUUUGGCCAAAUGCCGCCAGUAUUUUAAAAGCUAACGAGGAGUCUGAUUAUGAGGAGAAUAGCCGAGAUGCAUCAACCACUAGUUAUUAUGAUGAGCCUACAAACACUUCCACAAUACCUUCGACAAUCCCAGUACUCACUCAGAGCACAACAAUGGUUGACACCCCAAGAUCGCUCGAGUCUUAUCACAUGCCGCGACACAUGUCGGCGUCGGGCUAUGACAGCGAGUACAGACCUCCAGCUGACAUUCCCCCACCAUCCAACUUCCCCCCACCCCAUCCGAUGCAGGGACAACACCUGCUAUUAAGGCCACCUCCGAUGUCUAUGCCUCCACCCAUGCAAGGUCUUCCUCCAAUGUCAGGCCCCCCUCCUAUGCAGGGACCCCCUCCACCCAUGCAUGUUCCUCUCCCCGUACGCGGUCCCCUCCCCCAUGUUGACAACAGCCAGCAAUAUGGUCCACCUCCGACUGCAUACCCUCCCUAUCAGAACCAGUGGCCAGGCUCUCAACCACCACCCCAGCAGCAGCCUCCUCCUGGGCCACCCCCCCAGAAUAUCAUGCCACUCAGAGGACCACCACCACCACCAUUCCCUCCAAUGGCCCAGAGAGGCCCUGCUCCUCAAGCGUUUAAUCCCUCUGUUCCCCCACAGCACAUUGGACAGCAAGGCCUCCCUCCAGGCCUUCCCCCACCUCCUACUUUUGAUGGACAGAACAGUUUAGCACCACCAAGAUUCACUAGUCCUCCUCCCCCAUUUAAUUUCCCUGGAAACAGAGGUCCUCCUCCACCUUUCACGGGGCCACCUCCAAGUCACUUUGAAAACAGACUCCCUCCUUUGUCUCACUUCCAAGGGCCCAGGGGUCCCCCGCCACCUCAGUAUGGUGACCAUGGGGCUCAACCUCCGAUUGUAGACCAACCUCGAGGCCCUGCAGAACACUACAACAGAGACAAUUCCAACUCGUUCAAGCCAAGUGUGGACCAGAAUCCAAACCAUCUCCAUAUUUUUAAAGACAAUCAUGGUCCCCCGCCGGGUCCAGCAUACCGCGGACCUCCACCUAACCAGUAUGAGGACAGAAGAGGCCCACCUUCCAGCAGCGAGAUGAGUGGACAGCACUUCAAUCCACAUAACCAGUACGAGAGCUCGAGACCACACUCCUCACCACCACAUCGAGGAUCGUUUGAUGAGCACCGAGGUCCUCUCCCUCAGGAGAAUAGACCCCACCCUUCUCAGCGUUUUGGAGGAUCAGAGCGGUACCGCUUAGAUAGGCACUCUGAUGAGGCUAGACCUGUUCGCCACAGUGGGCCCCUACUGCCAACUCCUCCAGAGGCCCCCAUAGGUCCCCCAAGUCGCAUGGGGGCCCACAGUCCUGAUAUGCACCGGGACGACCCCUGGCGCCGCCACUCUCCUGAAAUGAGAAGGAGGAGCAGCACCACCCGAGAGGAAUCAGACCCACGCAUUGGAGAUCGCUUCAGUCGCUUUGAAGGAGGGCACAGAGAACCUGCUCCUGGUCUUUCACAACCCUCUGAAGAGAGACAGAGGGAACUGUCCGAGGAACACCGGAGGGAAAGAGAGCGGGAAGUCCCCCAUGCCGGAAGGCCAUCAUGGGACAGGGGACAGGGCAAGCGCUGGAGCAGAGAGCGAGAGUGGGAUAGAGCCAGAGAAAGGGACCACGAUCUAGAGCGCAGCCGAGACAGAGAACGCGAUCCAGAACGAAUCCGAGAAAGAGAACGUGAUCCGGAGCGCGGGAGAGAAAAAGACCGUGAUCCAGAGCGUAGUCGAGAAAAAGAUCGCGAACAGGAGCGAAGCCGAGAAAGAGAUCGCGAUCCGGAGCGCCCUCGAGAAAGAGAUCGUGAUCCAGAGCGAACCAGAGAGCGAGAUCGUGAUCCAGAGCGUCCUCGAGAAAGAAAUCCCGAUCCGGAGCGUCCUCGAGAAAGAGAUCAUGAUCCAGAGCGUCCUAGAGAAAGAGAUCACGAUUCGGAGCGUAGCCGGGAGAGAGACCGCGAUCCAGAGCGGGGCCGAGAAAGAGACCGCGAUCCAGAGCGAGGCCGAGAAAGAGAUCGCGAUCCGGAGCGCACCCGAGAGAGGGAUCGCGAUCCAGAACGCACCCGAGAGAGAGAUCGCGAUACGGAGCGCACCCGAGAGAGAGAUCGCGAUCCGGAGCACAGGAGGGAUCAUGACCGUGAUAGAGGGAAAAACCGGGAUCGUGAACGUGAACGGGAUCGAGAUAGGAGACGGGACAGAUCCCGAAGCAGAGAACGAGACCGGGACAGAGACCGUGGGAAAGACCGGGGCCGAGACAGGGAGAGGGAGAAAGACAGAGACAAGGACAAAGACAGGGAUCGUCGGGACAGGAGUAAAAGCAGAGAAAAGAGAGAGGAGAAAAAAAGCAGCAAAAAUGAAACAACCAAGGAGAAAGAGAAAACUGCAGAAAAUGACAUGUCCUAGUCUCUGUAUUUUUUUUACACUACAUUACGGUUUUGAGUCACUUCAAUUUUUCACCAGUUGGAAUCCAGUUGUAUCACUGUUAAUGUAGAUAAGCAGUAUUUUGUUAAAUUUCCACAUUUGUGUUCGUACUAGAGAAAAAAAGUUUGACAAUGUUUGUAUUCUUUUUGUCACUUAAAGGUUUCUAACUUUGUUUUAUCACAUUUGAAAAACAAAAAAACGAGGGCCACCUAAGUUGCUUGUGUUCAAGAUGUAUUAAGUAGGCUACCGAAUCUUAUUACAUGUACCUUUCUCCUGUCCAAGCAAUUUCUUUUUUUUUUUUUUAAGAAAAUAAUAAUGUAACUGAGUAACACACCAUUUGCAAUAUGUAAAUAUGAAUGUAUUUGUGUAUAUACUGAUGUUUUUAAUCAUACUUUUCUAAGUAGAGAAAAUAAAAGCCAUAUAUCUGAGAUGGAUAAUGUGAAGGUUAAGGAAACACUGUUUACACACAAAUGUGUGUUUAUAUGUCAAACAGAGUUGAAGGCUCCAACUAUCUACAGUAUACAUCCCAUCUAUGGUUGUUAAUGAAAUGUCCUGAUUUUGUUUGAGCUCGACCAAUUAAACCCGGUUGAUGACAUG